UGUAUGAUUCUGGCACUAGAUGUUGCCUUUACAUUGAAGAACACUUAUCAGCAUUGGUUACUUGAUCAUUGUCAACAAUUGACCUUCAAAGGUCAGCCAUUUACACCUAUGUGUGUUGCAGAAGUCAUAGUUGUUCAAGAAGGAUAUCAAGAAUUCAAUGUCUUAGAUCAGAGGUUUACUUUGCAACAGGCUUGUUGGUUCAACUUGAUUG